CCAUCUCAUGAUGCAUCAUUUAUAUCUCUCCCCACAUGCCACCUUCCCUCUGUUUCUAGAGAGAUGGCUUGCUCCUACCACACUUCUCGUGGUGUUCCUCUAUAUAUAUGGACAGGCCACUCCCUUUCUCACUUACUUCCUCUUCUGGUCUUUUCCAACUUAUAUAACCAUCCGUCACUCACUUGGAAAGAAGACUAACACCUGGAAGGAAUCCAUGGAACGGCUCAACUCCAAGCUUUACCUGCAGAACUGGUACAUAAUAAAAGAGAAUGAAAGGCUCCGGAAGAAAGCCCAGCUCCUCAACCAGGAAAACCAGGCCCUGCUAUCUGAGCUGAAGCAGAAGCUCUCCAAAUCUAAUCCCAGUUCCAACACCAAUGGCAUCCCUGACCUCAACGUCAACCCUACCACCAACAGCACUCCUAAUACUAGCAAGCCCUGAUCUUCCAGCAGUCACCUGCAACGCAUUUUGGAUCUUCUCGUGUUGUAAUCUGUGCUUCCUAGCUGUAUCGUUUUAGCUUGCAGGGUUCUAACAUUAUAUAAAACUCCAUCUUAUC